AUGGAACGUUGGAUAGGUCGUGGCUUGGUAACUGGAGCUAGUAGUGGUAUAGGAGCAGCUAUAACUGUAGGACUAGCACAGAAAGGAAUGAUAGUGAUUGGAGUGGCUAGAAAUAAAGAUAAAGUAGAGGCUUUGUCCAGCCAGUUAAGUGGUGCUAGUGGUAAGAUAGUUGCUAUAAAAUGUGAUGUAUGUAAUGAAGAGGAGAUAAAGAGUGUCUUUGCUGCUGCUAAAACUCAGUUUGGAGGUGUUGAUGUCUGUAUUAAUAAUGCUGGAUUAGCUCAUAAUGCUCCAAUAUUAACUGGAGAAACUCAUUACUGGAGAGAUAUGUUAGAGGUCAAUCUAUUAGCACCAUGCAUUAUAACACGAGAGUAUAUGACUCAAUUGAAAGAGAGAGGAGUAGAUGAUGGACACAUUAUUAUUCUCAACAGUAUUGCUGGACAUAAAGUGAUCCAAGCAACACCUAUUCAUUUCUACUCUGCCACUAAAUUUGCUAUCACUGCAAUAGUUGAGGGCAUACGUCAGGAGUUGAGGGAGAUGAAGUCAAACUGUCGUGUUACUGGUGAGGUGCUUAUACCUGAAGAUGUAACCAGUGCUGUGUUCUUUGUUUUGAGUGCUCCACCAAGAAUGGAGGAUAAGCAUUACAGUUAG